AUGAUGGACAAAAAGGAUCCAGAAAUCGAUCCCUCGCAACCCACUAUCGUCAAUGACGAUGUCUUCGGGGAACUCACCGAGAGUGGACCCAACUACCGCAAUGUCGGCUUUCUAGGCACUGUCAUUCUCAUGAUGAAGACUCAGAUUGGUCUGGGCGUGCUAGCCAUCCCAUCGGCCUUGAAUAGCCUGGGAAUGGUUCCCGGUUUGAUCUGUUUGCUUGCGUUUGCCAUGAUUACGACUUGGUCCGGUUACGUCGUUGGGACGUUUAAGCUGCAUCACCGCGAGGUGUAUAGUCUGGAUGAUGCUGGUGCCAUCAUGCUGGGUCUGCCAGGCCGAGUGAUCCUGGCAGCCAGCUUCUGCCUUUACUAUAUCUUCAACAGUGGCUCGGCUAUCCUGGGACUCUCGGUCGGCCUCAAUGCUGUCUCAUCGCAUGCCACCUGCACUGCUGUGUUUGUCGCUGUCGCAGCCAUCGUUGGAUUUGCCUGUAGCAGCAUCCGAACCCUCGGCAAAAUCACCUGGCUAGCCUGGAUUGGUUUGCCAUGCAUUCUCACCGCUGUGAUGAUCGUGACUAUUGCGGUGGGCGUUGAAGAUCGCCCAGCGGGGGCACCAGCAGCAACAACCGGCCGCUGGGCCUCGGAUUGGAAAGCCUUUGGCCAUCCCUCGUUUUCCGAUGCCAUCGCCGCUGUUUCCAACCUCUUGUUUGCCUUUUCUGGCACCCCGGGAUUUUUCUCCAUUGUUUCCGAGAUGCGAGAUCCUCAACAGUACACGGCCGCCAUGAUUACUUGUCAGGCGGCUGUGACAGCUGUCUAUGCAGUCAUCGGCUGCGUGAUUUACUAUUACUGUGGCAGUUAUGUUGCCUCGCCAGCUUUGGGCUCGGCUGGCGGCGUGAUCAAGAUCAUCAGUUAUGCCUUCGCCUUGCCUGGACUCAUGGUCACCAUGACCAUUGUUACACACAUCCCGGCCAAGUUCAUCUUUGUGCAUGCCCUGCGCGGGUCCCGACAUCUUACCACCAGCACCCCUACUCAUUGGAUCAGUUGGCUGAGUUGUACUUUUGGGAUCACUCUCGUAGCGUGGAUUAUUGCGAGCACGAUUCCCAUCUUCAAUGACCUAGUUUCGCUGAUCGGCGCUUUGCUAGGUCCGCUCAUCUGCAUCAUUCCGAUGGCGGCGAUGUGGCUCCACGAUAACUGGGGCAGGGGCGCCGGGGAACAGUCGAGGACCAUUCCCUGGAUGCUCGGAGUGAUGUGGACCGUGGCCUUACUCAUUCUUGGGGCUUUCCUAAUUGUGGCAGGGACGUAUGGUUCAGUGACGAUGAUCAUGACCUCCUACCGUGACGAUGGGGGCUCGGCGGCUUUCUCCUGUGCUGAUAACUCGAAUUCGUCAUAG